CCAUUUCUUGAAACCAGAUUGGUAUCCGCCGCAACACCUCUCUUUCCUCUCCCCAUUUCAAUCGCUUCUUCAUCUUCAUUCCGAUCUCAUCAAUUUCUGCAACUUUUCUUCCAGAUUCUACCGUUAUGAUCCCAACAACAAACCCUUCUUCUUCUUCUUCUUCAUACACAAACCCAGAACCAUGUCAACAUCUUGUUGAUUACAAGCUCAAGCAUGGCUUCAAUGGCUACAAAGCUAUCCAAAAUCUCCUUGUGACAUCUCCGAUUGGGAGAACCAGUGUCAAGAAGCCUAAUACAGCAAUACCCAGAUGCAGUUUCUGUAAUGGGUGUCAAGGGAGAUUCUAUUUAUGUCUGAUUUGCUCUUCAUUCUCUUGUUUUGAUCAUACCCUUUUGCACCCUCAAUCUGAAUCUGGUCAUGCUGUGUUUGUGGACAUUGAAAGAGCUGAACUUUAUUGUGGGGUGUGCUGUGAUCAAUUGUAUGAUCCUGAUUUUGAUCAAGUUGUGAUGUCUAAACAUUCAAUGGGUGGGAAUGGGAGUGAGAGCAUUGGGCAGAGAUUGAUCAAAAGGAGGAGAUUGGUUUCUGGGGUUGGAUUGGAUUUGGGGAAAUUGAAGUACAGGUUUCCAGCUGAAGAUCUGAGGGCUAAAUCUUGUUAUCCAAUGGGGUUGAGGGGGUUGAACAAUCUGGGUAGUACUUGUUUCAUGAAUUCUGUGUUGCAAGCAUUACUACAUGCACCUCCUUUCAGGGACUAUUUCUUGAGUGAUGGUCAUUGUUUGGAUGCUUGUCAGAAGAGAACCAUGGAUCGGAUGUGUUUGCUUUGUGAUAUAAAUGCUGUUUUUUCAGCUGUGUAUUCGGGUGAUCGAAAUCCAUAUAGCCCUGCUCAGUUUCUCUACAGCUGGUGGCAGCAUUCAGCAAAUUUAGCGAGUUAUGAGCAGCAGGAUGCUCACGAGUUUUUCAUUUCAAUGUUAGAUGCAAUCCAUGAGAAAGAGGGCAAAACAAGGAACGGAAGCAGAGGUAACGGAGACUGUCAGUGCAUUGCUCAUAGAGUGUUUUAUGGGCUAUUGAGAUCAGAUGUUACCUGUAUGGCCUGUGGAUUCACCUCAACAACCUAUGACCCUUGUUUGGACAUUUCACUUAACUUAGAUACCAAUGUCUCUCUAACUGAAAACGGUAAAAAGCUUACCAAACGGGAUGGGGAAGGAAGCAUGUCUACUCUUUUGGGUUGUUUGGACUUGUUCACUAGGCCAGAGAAGUUGGGAUCGGACCAGAAACUUUACUGCCAAAACUGUCAGCAAAGACAGAACUCAUUGAAACAAAUGUCAAUUAGAAAGCUCCCUUUGGUACUUAGCUUGCAUGUGAAACGGUUUGAGCACUCUUUUGUGAAGAAGACUUCAAGAAAAAUAGAUCGCUACCUGCAUUUUCCAUUCUCCUUGGACAUGACACCAUAUAUGUCCUCUUCAAUCCUCAGGGCCAGAUAUGGAAAUAGAAUCUUUGCUUUCGGGGGUGAUGAACCAGACAUGUUUUCCGAGUUUGAUAUUUUUGCAGUGGUGACACAUUCAGGGACUCUCGAGUCGGGCCAUUAUGUUACUUUUGUGCGUUUGAGGAAGCAGUGGUACAGAUGUGAUGAUGCUUGUAUAACAGAGGUUGAUGAGGCGACAGUCAGAGCUUCACAAUGUUACAUGAUCUUCUAUGCGCAGAAAACCCUACAGGAUAAAGCGAAUGAAGAUUUGAGUCUCCUGCCGAAUUCCCCUGGAAGAGAGUUACUUCUUCCUAUUGCUGGGUGUUGCUAGAGAGGAUAUUGAAGGUAGCACAUCACUUCAAAUGGUGGGUUGCAAUUUGUGUAUUCUAUAGCAGUGAAUGCUGGUUCGAUGUUUAGUCCUGCAAAGAGGGGUAGAGGGAGGCAGAAAAGAACUUGAGAAGAUAUUGUUAAAAAUGAUCUCAUUAUCAGUAAUAUCCUUUAUAAUCUGGCUUUCGAUCGAGCUCAAUGGCGUAGUGUGAUCCAUAUAGCCGAUCUCACUUAGCGGGAUAAGACUUUGGUUGUUGUUUCGUUGUUUGGAUAAUCACAGUUCACAGUUGACAAUAUGGAUUUGAAAUAUGCAUAUCUAUAAGUUCAAGCUGCUAAAGGGGAAUUUGGAAGUGAGAAGCCAAGUUGCUAGCUCGAGUGAGUUUAAUAUUUUGCAUAUUCGCAUGGAGAUAUUUCAAUGACAGCUUUGAGACGAAGAUCAAGGAGCCAGAAGCAAUUCAACUCCUUUACAACAAGCUUCCUCAAAAUUCUUUAAAUGCAAUUUGCAGGUUAGUCAUGUACAUAGCUCAUUUCAACUGAUGAUACCGAAAGUUGUUCAACAACCAUUGUUACUCUUCUGUCUCCCCUAACUAAAGUGUGGAGCAAAAGGAAAACUGCAGAGGGGAAAAAGUGGUUAUGCGGAUGAUUGUUUCUAAUUUGUGUGUCUAACAAGGACAUUGUGUCCAUUUGUUUACUAAUCAGAUCUCGUUUCUCUCCCCUCGUUAAGGAAAAAAUAAGUUCAACUUCCUUUUCAUUUUUGCCUCGUGACGGAACAUUUUUCCGUUUUCAUUUUAUCCAAUUUGUAACCGAACAUGCUGAUUGUAAUACUCAAGACCCCGUGCCCGUUCGCUUUACACUCUAUCUGCCUUUUAUGAUGAGAGUGAGAGUGCAGAUUACUAAAAGAGAUUGCAUCUUUGGUGCACAAUAGACAAGGGUAUUGUUAAAGA